GUACCGCCGUCGCCAUCGAGUGUUCCGUGCUGGGUGUAGUACUAUGACCUGCCUGUUCUAUGGCAUAUGGUGAUGGCAAGCCGACCGGUCGAGCCUGUUGCCGCAUGCCGCCGCUUGGCUACAGCAUUACUUGCAUUAGUAGUAUGUUUGUCUGGCUGUUUAUCCUCGGCCUGCUCGCCUAACCGUCCGUAUGUUCGUGCGAGAAACGUGAUUGUGUAUAGUAGUAUACACAUAUGUAUACGAGUAUCUGCGUGUGUGUGUGUGUGCGUGCGUGCAUGUCUGCCUGCCGCGACUGUUGUGAGUCUCCCGCCAUCUGGCAGGCCUGCUGCUGCUCUUCGCUACGUCGUCGGCGGCAGCAGCGCUCCGCUGCUGUUGUUGAUGUUGCUGAUGGUAGCUACUACGAGCACCGCUCGUUCGUUCUCUCUCUUUCCUUCCCCCACCCCACUCGCCCCUUCCUCUCUUCGGUUUGCAUCGCCUCCAUCCCGUCGCCGCCGCCGCCGCCGCCGCCGUCGUCGUCGUCGUCGUUUCGAUGUGUUGUGAGUGGAUGCGUGCGCGACUGACUGGCUGGUUUGUGUGUGUGUCCAUGGGUGUGUAGGGGUUUGUGUGUCUGCGUGUGAGAGUCUACUGCUCUUAGUGGUCGCAUCGAAGCUUCACGGCUCUAUGGCGGUUGCCGCCGGUGCCGUUGCUAGUAAUUGUAGUAGUGGCCCGCUGUUUGCUGUUGCCUGCAACCGGAGUCGCUAGCGAGAGUCGACCGGCCGGUCGACGACGGGUUGCCGCUGGAGCACCUUCAUUCAUUCAGCUUCUCCCACACCGACUGCAGCGCCACCCGGAGGAAUGACGUAGCGACUGAGCUGGGAGCUGAUUGGCUGGUUGGUUCCCUUCACUAAACGAUGUUACUGGUCUUAUCAAGUAUUCCGUUAACAGCAGUGGUGGAGGCAGCACGCUGCUGAUCGCACGCGCACAGAAGCAACGCGAGAGUAGACAGCCAACAGGGAGCGGGCACCACCCAGCAUCUACUCAGUUAGUCAGUCAGUGUGCCUGCUUGCCAGCCAGCGAAAACGACCAGCAAAUGCACUUACUAAUGCUGCUGCUACCACUACUGCCACAGCAACGAACUCGGUAGAGAGAAGAAAGCCGCUGGAAACAAAAGCCGGCCGAACCAAUCGAACGACAACAACAAAGUAACAGGCCAAACAAACGUCAAAGGCGAACGGCAGCAUAGGCACCACUUGUUGAUUCGAUUGCUACUUAAACAGCGCAGGAGAAAUACAGCUCGGACGGAUUGAUUCGCUGCUUCUAGCUACCCUUGAAGUGGCCCCAGAUAAUCGGGUAUAAUAGAUCUCGAGUGGGCUGCUGCUGGUGCUGUUGCCGAAGUACGAACCCGUCUACGAAGCCGCACAAACAACAACGCCGGUGGUGUGGCCGUUACUGCGAUGCGUUAGUCUCAUAGGGUUGCUGCUGACAACAAGGGACGAACUUGUACGCGCCAUCGACACGACGAAAUAGCAAGACACUACGACGAUGUCUUAUAACAGCUUUUCGAGUCCAGCAACAUCCGGCCCGGGUCGGCCAGGCGGUGGAAAUAUCACGCUGACCCAACCUCGUCCUGGGGCGGCUCGUAGACAAAAUGACUAUCUCGACUCGCCGCUGCGUGCCCCACCGCCUUUGCCGGUAUCGCCUCCGCCCCUGCCUGAGCACUCGCACAACCUGCCGAUAAUCCAGGCACCGAAAAAAGGCGCCAUCCUUAAACCUCCCCCGCGUAUGCCCACUCCAAUGUUGUGUGGCUCCGGCGCUUGCCACGAAGACUCCAAAGAGCAGAAGGGCGGUUUCAUGCGUGGUGGCAGCACUGGCUUUGACAGCAGCAGCAGUCACAGCAACAAUAUUGACCCAUGCAAAAAACAGCCCGUCAAUUUAAACGAGUCGACGACAACGACCAGUUCGAUUGUCUGCCGUGAGUGCAACAAGUGCCGAUGCGAGGCCUGCCAGCAACCGAAAGCGUUACCCUCGCGAUGGGUCUGCGGAAACAAGUUUCAUUGCUCUGCGCACAACCUGCUCGAACAUGCAACCUGCCUGUGUUGUGCAAAAGGCAUCUUCUACCAUUGGGCCAAGGACACCGAACUCGACAACGACGUAUCGUGCGCCGACAAGCCGUGCUCAUGUGGACCGAAACAUUUCUGGUCCCGGUGGGGUUGUCUCGCUGUUAUGAGCGUCUUUCUACCCUGCCUAUGCUGUUAUCCCCCUCUGAAGAUGUGCGUGAACGCAUGUGAAGCCGCCUAUGGACGAUGGACCUCAAGAUUAGGAUGUCAUUGCAAAGAGUACAAGGACAAUCCAAACAAACUUCUGUCAUCUACGACGUAGUGCACAAAUUAAAUGUAGAAUAUAUAGUUAUUAUAGAAUAUAUAUAUAUAUAUAUAUAUAUAUACAUACAUACAUAUA